AUGCAGCUCAUGGAGAAAGGAGAAGGGGAAAAUCAAACGUCUGUCACGGAAUUCAUCCUCUUGGGGUUCGGGGAUCUCCCUGAACUGCAGACCCUUCUCUUCCUGGUUUUCCUAGUGAUCUACAUUGCUACCAUGGCUGGGAACAUCCUCAUCGUUGUGUUAGUUGUGACUGAUCAGCACCUUCACAGCCCCAUGUAUUUCUUCCUGGGGAACUUGUCCUGCUUGGAGACCUGCUACACCUCCACCAUCCUGCCCAGGGUGCUGGCCAGUCUCCUGACUGGGGACGGAACCAUUUCUGUUCCCAGCUGCAUCACACAGUUUCAUUUCUUUGGUUCUCUGGUAACAACAGAGUGUUAUCUCCUGGCAGCCAUGUCUUAUGAUCGGUAUUUAGCCAUAUGCAAACCGCUGCACUAUGGAACCUGUAUGAAUGUCAGGCUGUGCAUUCAGCUAGCAGCUGGGUCUUGGAUUAGUGGAUUUCUAAUUUGUACAAUAGUCACGUGUCUUAUGUCACAGUUAAUUUUCUGUGGUCCCAAUGAAAUUGACCAUUUCUUUUGUGAUUUUACCCCACUGAUUCAACUCUCCUGCAAUGACACAAGCCAGAUCACACUGAUUAUUCAUAUAUUUACCUUCCUAGAUGCAGUUUCCCCUUUUCUACUAACCCUGACAUCCUACAUUUGUAUCAUUGUGACCAUCCUGCGAAUCCCAUCCACCAGGAGGCAAAAGGCCUUUUCCACCUGCUCCUCUCACCUCAUUGUGGUGGCACUUUUCUAUGGGACCAUAAUGAUUGUCUACAUGCUACCGAAAUCCGGCACCAUGAGAGCUCUGAACAAAGUGUUCUCCCUCUUUUACACAGUCCUGAAUCCCCUGGCCAAUCCGCUCAUCUACAGCCUGAGAAACAGAGAGGUCAAGGAGGCCCUGAGAAACGCUGUGAGGAGACUUCUGAGAGAGGAGGACCUGGCUGCCUGGGUGCUGAGCAGGGUACCUGAGGUGGAGCAGUGCUGGGGAAGGGCAGAGGGAGCUGGGGAGCUCCAGCCUAGCAAAAUCCCAGGCUCAGGCCUUGCUAAAGGCCAGGAAAGGGUCAAAGUGAAGGAGCUGCAGUAUGCCUGCCACAAGGUGCGGGAGGCAAACCACCACUCUGGUGCUGCACCCACGAGCUGCUGGUUCUACCAAGAGCUAGAUGUGAUACUCGGUGGUGACCCCACCUCCACUGUGAAGGCCCCUGUGGAUCCUUCAUUGGCUCGUGUGCCAGUCAAGAGUGGACCAAGCCAGGAGGAGGAAAUCUUGGACGAGGAUGUGGAGGAGGAGGGGCAGGGGAACCCAGAGGCAGAGGAUGAGUCGGAGGCCAGAGAAACAUGCAGCCAGGAGCUCUUUUCUACCCCAGAGGAGCCUAGCCAGUCACAACUGUCGGAGCUUGGCGAAGCGCAAACAGGAGAGGAGGCCCCGCUGCUCCAUAUCAAGUGGCAGGACAAAAUCAGCAAUGAGGAUGUUUGUAGCCAAACCCAGCAACUGCCUCCAUCAGCAUCGGUUCAGUUCUGGCGGUUUUCUUGGUACAGACAUAUUGUAAGGAUGGACGAACAACAAAUGCCAAAGAUCGGCAGUCACAUGGUCACCGAAAGCUUCGGUGGCAUGAUAAACUCUCCAGUGGUGGACAUAGGCUUGGUCUACACUUACCCCCCAAGUCGAACUGCAGCCUUGCUGAGCGACCUUCGGAUGCAGCUCAUGGAGAGAGGAAAAGAGGAAAAUCAAACGGCCGUCAUGGAAUUCAUCCUCUUGGCGUUUGGGGAUCUCCCUGAACUGCAGACCCUUCUCUUCCUGGUUUUCCUAGUGAUCUACAUUGUGACCAUGGCUGGGAACAUCCUCAUCGUUGUGCUAGUUGUGACUGAUCAGCACCUUCACAGCCCCAUGUAUUUCUUCCUGGGGAACUUGUCCUGCUUGGAGACCUGCUACAUCUCCACCAUCCUGCCCAGGGUGCUCGCCAGUCUCCUGACUGGGGACAAGACCAUUUCUGUUCCCAGCUGCAUCACACAGUUUCAUUUCUUUGGUUCUCUGGUAACAACAGAGUGUUAUCUCCUGGCAGCCAUGUCUUAUGAUCGGUAUUUAGCCAUAUGCAAACCGCUGCACUAUGGAACCUGUAUGAAUGUCAGGCUGUGCAUUCAGCUAGCAGCUGGGUCUUGGAUUAGUGGAUUUCUAAUUUGUACAAUAGUUACAUGUGUUAUGUCACAGCUAAUUUUCUGUGGCCCCAAUGAAAUUGACCAUUUCUUUUGUGAUUUUAUCCCACUGAUUCAACUCUCCUGCAGCAACACCAGCCAGAUCACACCAGUUAUUUAUAUAUUUUCCUUCCUAGAUGCAGUUUCCCCUUUUCUAUUAACCCUGACAUCCUACAUUUGUAUCAUUGCGACCAUCCUGCAAAUCUCGUCCACCACCGGGAGGCAAAAGGCCUUUUCCACCUGCUCCUCUCACCUCAUUGUGGUGGCACUUUUCUAUGGGACCAUAAUGAUUGUCUACAUGGUACCGAAAUCCGGCACCCUGAGAGCCCUGAACAAAGUGUUCUCCCUCUUUUACACAGUCCUGACGCCCCUGGCCAAUCCGCUCAUCUACAGCCUGAGAAACAGAGAGGUCAAGGAGGCUCUGAUAAACACUGUGAGGAGAGCUGUGACUCUUACAAAGAAUCCAAACUAG